AGUUGGUUAGGAAUGGCCCUCCAAUCUGUAUAGAUUGUAUGGAGAAUUCAAGCCGAUCAUCCGAUAUAGAUACUUUUAGUGAUGAUGUUGAUGACCAUGACAUCCCUUCAAGGAAUGAAGGACGGGAAGGUAAAAGUCUACCUUGGCCUGGUAGUAGCAGUAGUAGAAGAGCCACAGUGUCAGGGGCUGCUGCCUUAAGUAUACUCCGAGGAGAGAGGGAAUAUUAUCAUCAUGACCAUGGAACAAGUGACUGCAACAACAAAGACCGUUCUGUCUCCGUAAGUGGUCCUCCUUACCACCAUUGCGAUGGCCAUGGUCCGUCUCGAUCUCGGCAAAGUCUCGUUGGGCCUUUGUAUCGGUCAGUGCAUCAUGACCAAGACAUCAGCAAGAAACCUAAUGCUUAUCAUCGCCAACGUGGGUUCACAUCGACAAGCUCCCUUUUAACAGACUCGAAGUCGAGAAGGGUGUCCUCAAUGUCAAUUUCUUCACACGCCCCUCUGACCCCUGCCCCGGUUAGUAUAUAUAAGGAUUCCUCUUACUGGCUCAAGACAGUUGUGGCCCUUGCUAUAGCCAAAUCGUUUGUGGAGGCUGGUCUUCGUUCAGCAUAUGCCAAUGAGGUCUCUGCAUUCGGUGGAUCGGCCAUUUUCCGAGGUUUCUUGAUGUUGGCGAUAGAAGUGUGUGUUAGCUGGUUUUGUCCACGGAUACAUCGAUGGUUCGAGCUCCGAAGUGGAGUGAAAUAUUUACUUUCCCUGGGUGCUCUUGGUGCCGGAGUCCACGUAUACUACCUAGUCCUGGGUAGCGCUAUAGUAUCUUUCGCGUUUGCGGGGUAUAUGUUUGCUAGUGUGAUAGCUGCACUGCUCNNNNAUGGGACUGUCAUGUGGGUAUUGCAAGAGUUGAUUCAACAUGGAAUUAAUACUGAUAGAGUGUGUAUCGGCAUCAUACCCUUCGGGACUGGCAAUGAUUUCUCAAGAGCCACGGGGUGGGGACCGUCAGCACCAUCAGACUUUCCUGGCUCCUGCCUUAGUGGCUUUAGAACGUGGCUCAAGCGAUGGCUAUCUGCCACUAUUAAGCAGUUCGACAUAUGGGAGGUGGAGGUUGAUCUUGAUGAUGACGGUGGAGUUAUAUACCAACUUAAGGGUGGUAAGAAGGUACCUCUCACAGAGACUGACACAGAGGUGGGUAAUGCUACCGAUAGGAAGUUAAAGAAGUUGGUCAAGCCUAUGUGUAACUACUUCUCUACUGGUGUGGAGUCCAGGUUGGGAUUGGGUUUUGAUAGGAAUAGGAAGAAAAGCCAAUUUGUGAAUAAACUAGUGUAUGGAGUGGAGGGGACUAAGAAGAUGUUAUUCAAGAAGACUGCUAAAAUAAAGGAAACAAUGGAUAGGGUUGUGGUAGUGUUAGUGGCUCAUCGGGGGUCCUUACAUCGUCUGAAUCGUGCUUCCCUUCAGAGCCUCUCGCCCGAGGAUAGCAGGAGAGGAGAGCAGCACCAGCAUGAUGAUAAUGAUACUGAGCUUAUAUUUCAGACCAAAUCUACUGGUGGUGAUAAGUAUAUCCAGGGUCAUCCUGUAUCGUUAAUAGCGGUUAAUAUACCAUCAUUCGCUAGUGGAUGUGAUGUAUGGAGUAUGGCUAGGAAACUCUCUGUGAAGGGUGCAGAUAAGGGAUUACUCCAGAGGAAACAAGAUAUGGGCGAUGGUAUGAUAGAAUUAGUAUCAUACAAUAGCCUCAUGGGUAUAGGGAUGGAGCAAUCACAUGUGUAUCCAUUGGCUGGCAACGGUCGUCGAGUACAUCAAGGGCAUGGUCCCAUUGAGAUGGAUUUCAAAUCUACCUUAUCUGAGGAUACUAGAAUAUACUUUCAGAUAGAUGGCGAGUUCUAUACAUGUCGGAGACCCCAGAAGAUCACUAUUUCCCAUAAACAGUGUAUCAGAGUGAUGGUAAACAAUGAAAAGUAA